AUGAAAAAAAUAGAAGAUCUCACUUGUAGUACAAACCCACAAGAAUUCUGGAAGACAAUCAACAAACUGACUCACCAAAAUGAAAAAUCUCGUGUGCAACAGAACUCUCACCAGACUUGGAUUGAACACUUUCAAGAACCCAGUAAAAACAAAGUUACAACAAAGGAACAACAGGUAGCAUUACAAGAAAAACUAAAACUCCUAGAACAGAAUAAAUCAGUAGAUACAAACCUAAACAAAGAAAUCAAACUGAAGGAAAUAUUAUAUGCAACAAAGAAAUUAAAAAACAAAAAAUCAUGUGGGCCUGAUAGCAUUCCCGGAGAAAUGCUGAAGUACAACAGUACUAGUAUGAAAGAUGCACUAAAAAAGCUGUUCAAUCAUGUGCUACAAACUGGUGAAUAUCCAAAUAACUGGAAUGUCAGUCUAUUGUCUCCACUGCAUAAACAAAGUGAUAAGCAUGACUGA